GGCGAUGGGAAAUACCACCAGGCGGCGUAGGGUCGUAUGAUCGACCUUGCGACUUCUAUGGUUGUCGCAGCAGCUAGUAGCAGCCGAAAGCGCCGAAGCUACUAAACCGAAGUCCACAGGGCCGCUCAGGUCUUUAUCGGUGCGCUGCUGCAGCUUCAACGAUUUGUGACUUCUUUGGAGAGUGAUGCGUGUAUGUUGAUUUGCGAUCUGUUCUCGCGCACGGUGAAGUUUUGCAACAGCCAUGCACUCUUCUGUGGGGAGAAUCGUCUCCGAUGUCUUCAAUGGACACAAGAGAUGCAUCUUCGCAGUUAUCAGCAAGCGAAAUGCCUCAGAAGCGACCUUCCAAACCAAGCCAUACAAGCUACACAAGUUGGAUAAAGGACCAUCAACAGAUGUCACUUGCACAAGGGAGGAUGGACUGAAGUUUUACAAGCAGAUGUUUGCAAUUCGUCGCUUGGAAGCGGCAGCCAACAGCUUGUACAAAUCGAAAAUCAUCAGAGGGUUUUGCCACCUCUAUUCUGGCCAGGAAGCCUGUGCUGUAGGUAUGGAGGCAGUCCUCGAGAAGGGGGACAGUGUCAUAACAGCGUACCGUGCACACGGCUGGGCUUACCUGCGAGGCGUGAGCAUACCUGGCGUCCUCUGCGAACUAACUGGACGAGAACCUGGCUGCUCAAGAGGCAAAGGAGGCUCGAUGCAUGUUUACUGUCCUGACUUUUAUGGCGGGAACGGCAUUGUUGGUGCACAGGUCCCACUGGGAGCUGGGAUUGCGCUGGCCCACAAGUACCUUGGCACGGACCGAGUCUGCUUGGCGCUGUACGGGGAUGGCGCAGCCAACCAGGGACAGGUCUUUGAGGCCUACAACAUGGCUAAGCUAUGGGACUUGCCCUGUAUUUUCGUCUGUGAGAACAAUGGCUUUGCCAUGGGAACGAGUGCCCAGAGAGGUGCUGCCUCUACUGACUAUUUCACUCGUGGUGACUACAUCCCAGGCAUCUGGGUGGAUGGCAUGGAUGUGCUAGCUGUGCGGGAGGCCACCAGAUUUGCUGUAGACAUGUGCCGCAAGGGCAAGGGACCCUUGGUCAUGGAGGUGGAAACUUACCGGUACUAUGGUCACAGCAUGAGUGAUCCUGGCACAAGUUAUCGUACGCGAGAAGAAGUGCAGGAAGUGAGGCAAACAAGGGACCCCAUCACACACUUCAAGGACAAGCUCAUCAGCACACAGUUGGUUACAAGCGAUGAGUUAAAGAAAGUGGAGUCCGAGAUAAAGGCUGAAGUGGAUGCAGCAACAGAAAUGUCAAAGACCAGCAAGGAAGUUCCGCUUGAAGAACUGUAUGCAGACAUCUAUUUCAAUCCGUUGCGCACAAACAUUCGUGGAACGACCCCCUUCACGGAGCACAAACACCUUCGGCUGACCCAGCCAUUCAACUACAAGUGACAAUACCAUGAGUAGUAACGAUUCUCUAGGGUUUUAUUUAUUGCCCCGGACUUUUUCUUUAAGCCUUGCCAUAUUAACUUCCCACUUUCUGAAAGUGUACUUUUUUCCAUUUCUGUUUUUAAAAUUUUCUUGUCUUUACACAUUUGCACAUUAGCUUCAUGCUUUACCGCUUCUCUUCAUUUUCGUUCAUUUGAAGGAAGCGCUUCCUACGCAGUCAUUAAAAGCAUGCGUCUGUUCAGAAAACAUUUUAAUUGGUUGUUUUGGCAAGGAAAAAACUAAAUAAUUGCAAACAUUGGUGCAAAAAAUAAAUAGGCUGUCCCCUUGCACUCUUGCUGUGGUUUCAUUCCACCUUAUCUAGCUACUUGUGUCGAUCAUGUUGGUACCUUGAUGGCUCAGUGGCUGUGCCAUCGUGUCACAUCAUGCCACGAGGUCACGAGUUCGGUUCCCGAAUGGGGUGGCCGCCGCAUUCUGUUAGUGCAUUGCAGAAAAAUUUGUGUACUGUGCUUCGGGUGCACUUUACAGUAAUCCAGGUUAUCGAAAUUAGUCCUCAUCCUCCCACUAUGGCAUCUUGUGUCUCGUGUGUUGCUUUGGGAUGUUAAACACAAUCAAGCAAUCAACUAAUCAAUCAGUCAAUCAUGUUGAUAUGUGUAGGUUAUUGUAGUUAGAGAUGUCCAUGAGUACAAGCACUUGCGGCUCUAGCUAUGAUGUAAUUUUUGUGCUGUCGGCAAUGGCUUCAUUAGCUUCCUUUAACUUUUGGUGUCAUAAAGCAAUGUUCUAUUAUUCACGGAUGCAGCUUUGUGGUAAUGAUGACCGAGGUAUUUUUGACAACUGCCUUCUAUCGUGGUUCUUAAUGUUGAGAUGUGUGGCUUGAAGUGAUUUGUCCUUUAUCAGGCAGACCAGAACAUUUUGCCAAAGGUCAUUGCUCAUACAUGAUCCUUUCUGCUAUAAGAGAAAUGAAAAUGUUAAAAAAAUGUUAUACAUGAGUGGCUCAAGAUCAGACCUUCUUUCUUUUUUCACAGGCUUUGCUCUUGCCUAUGAAUGAUCACUCAUUCUUUUUAAGGGUUCACCUGGCGCUACCAUAGACAUUGUGAGGCCGAUCGGGCACCAUGUUCUGGCUCAACUAAAAUGAAUUACUUGUACGGCACUUACAUAAGAGGCUUCUUUGUGUUAUUGUUUUCAAUAGUACUAUUUUUGGCGAUGCAGGCUUAGUUGAAACAAUGUGAUGUCAUAGCAGCUAGUGUUCCAGUGUAGACAGCUACUGAAAACGACAAAUGGUACAUAGCAUGUGCAGCCUAAUGUGCUCAAAGAAUUGAAACAUUCGGGAAAGAAAGUUGGUGUGAGGUGUGAAAUGUCAUAUUGAGGGACACGUAAGAUAUUGCACAGCCCUCAUUGUGUAGGAAUUUCAAGAAUGCGCAAGCUUUCUAUAAUUGUGCAUCAAAUAAUGCUUUCACAUCGUGCUGUUCUGCUCACUAUAUGUCUAGAUAAAAACAGCCUUCACAUGAGGUCACCUUUAUUCCUAGCCUAAAACUGCGGAUAAGAACAUAUCUAUUUAAGCAAGUUGAGUACAGUACACCAACUUCCUUUGGCAUUGUUGUUGUUCUGCAAGUUUUUCUACAUAGCAAGUUGUUUCUUCUGCAGGUUGUACAUAGUUGAUGCCCAUGCUUUCGUAGGCCAUUAGAAAGAGCUGGUACUGUGAAUGCUUCCGAAAAAACCAACCUUUCCUUGAAGGAGCAAAAGCACGAAGCCACGUUGAAGCAGAUGAUUUUUUUGAGAGGGGUAAGACAUUUUAUUUCUGCCAAAAAAAUGGUUAUCUUUCGGAAGAGCUGCUCCACGUACAUUGGAAAGCUUUAGCCAAGCGUAAUCGCUGAUAUUCAUGUUGUGCAGCUAUUUGUUAUUCGCACCAAAGGUUGCGCCAUUUAUGCAAGGAAGCUCAGUGUGAAUGGCUUUCCUGGCUAAAGCACUGAAUUGUUCACCCUCAAAUGUUCUGCAUCGGGUGGCCUUUGAUAUAAAGUUUUGUUCAUUGCUACAUUUGGA